UUCGACGACUGAAAGUCUGAAAUCCUGUCGACUUGCAGCAUCCGUUGCCGCCGGUCCUUAUCUUUCGGCGCCCCUUAAGUCGCAUCCCUUGUCAUCGCUUCCUCUUCACCACCUACUGUGACCACUUCCGCCUGACCUUAGUGUAACGGGUCACCCUACUGCUAACACCUCUCAUACCGCCGUGCUAGGGGUGGGCGCCGCCGUGGUGCUUCGCAUUUGGCAAACUCGAGCUUAUUGAUCGGCCUACCCGUUCGAUUAUUGUACGCUUUCACUGUUCUCCUUGUACUUUAUAUGUUCGCGCACCCGUUUUAAUUCUAUUACGCCCGGCUCAGUCUUUCACAAACAUUUGAGGGACACGGACGAGUGUCGUCGGGCGGCGCGCCGCGCCGUUUAACACUACCGCUUUUUUCUGAGUAGGGUUGCAAGUUAGAAAAUAAUUAAACUAUUAAAUUAACUUUUAAACUCGAAAUGCAUAAUGUUAUUAGAAGUUUAUGCACUUUUUUUAUUAACGUUUUCAGUACAGUUUAUAAACACAGAUUUCGCCUAUAAUACUCACAUUGUCGAUCAAGAAUUUAUCAUAACUUUUAAUGGAUUUUAUUUGAAUCGAACACGGUAUAAUUACAUAUCUGCCGCAUUAUCAUUAUCAGGUAUUCAAAAAUGGAAAAUAUUACAUAGAAAUAAUCCAGCAAGUCAAUAUCCCAGUGAUUUUGAUGUUUUAUAUGUUAAUGAUUGCAAUUUAUUGAAUGUUUUAAAUUCAUUAAAUAAUCAUCCUAUGAUAAAAAAUGUAUCUCCACAAAGAAUAGUACAAAGAUAUUUAAAUCACUUUGAUAAUGAAACUGAAAAAGUACCUAUACGCAGACGAAGUCUUGGACAAGAUAUCAAGUUAUGGCAAAAGUUAAACAAAAGAUAUAAAACACGACAUUUACUUCGUGCUGUACCUAAACAAAUAACUAAAAUUCUUAAAGCUGAUAUAUUAUGGCGUUUGGGUAUUACUGGGAAAGGUGUAAAAGUAGCUAUUUUUGAUACUGGAUUAAGUUUAUCUCAUCCUCAUUUCAAAAAGGUUGCAGAAAGAACAGAUUGGACUGGAGACGGUACCUUAGAUGAUGGUCUUGGUCAUGGAACAUUUGUUGCAGGACUUAUAGCAUCUAAUAGUGAAUGCUUUGGUUUUGCUCCUGAUGCUGAUUUACAUAUUUUUAGAGUUUUUACCAAUAAUCAAGUUUCAUACACAUCAUGGUUUUUGGAUGCAUUUAAUUAUGCUAUUAUGAAAAAAAUUCAUGUGCUUAACUUGAGUAUUGGUGGACCAGAUUUUAUGGAUCAGCCCUUUGUUGAUAAAAUUUGGGAACUAACUGCUAAUGGUAUAAUUAUGGUAUCUGCCAUUGGUAAUGAUGGGCCUUUAUAUGGAACUUUGAAUAAUCCAGCUGAUCAAAUGGAUGUUAUUGGUGUUGGUGGUAUUAGCUUUGAAGACCAUAUUGCAAAAUUUUCUUCACGGGGUAUGACUACAUGGGAACUUCCUCAAGGAUAUGGCCGUUUGAAGCCUGACAUAGUUACAUAUGGUACUGAUGUCUAUGGAUCAAGUGUCAGUGGAGGAUGUCGAACACUUUCUGGUACCAGUGUAGCAUCACCUGUUGUAGCUGGAGCUGUAACAUUAUUAGCUAGUGGUAUAUUGGCUCAAGGUAAAAGUGUAAAUCCAGCUAACAUGAAACAAGCAUUGGUGACUAGCUCUCAAAGGCUUCCUGGUAUCAACAUGUUUGAACAAGGACAAGGAAAACUAGAUCUUUUAAAAGCUUUCAAGAUACUAUCUAAUUAUGUACCUCAAGUCAGUUUCAUUCCUAGUUAUGUAGAUUUAACUGAGUGUCAAUACAUGUGGCCAUACUGCACUCAGCCCUUGUAUCUAACUGGAAUACCAAUAAUUGUCAAUGUGACAGUACUUAAUGGUCUAGCAGUGUUUGGUAGAAUCAAUGAUCCUCCAGUUUGGCAUCCAUAUAUUCCAGAUAAUGGUCAUUACUUAGAUAUUUCAAUUCGUUAUUCUCAAAUUUUGUGGCCAUGGUCAGGUUGGAUGGCUAUUUAUAUAUCAAUAUCCCAUAAAACACCUAUAAAUUACAGUGGUACUGCUGCUGGUCACAUUGAGCUCACAGUUGAAUCUCCAAAUACUGGUUCCAACUAUUCAGUAACAUUAUCUUUGAGAGUAGCUAUAAUACCUACACCACCCAGUGUAAGAAGAAUACUAUGGGAUCAAUAUCAUAAUUUGAGAUAUCCACCUGGCUAUUUUCCUAGAGAUAAUUUAAAUGUAAAAAAUGAUCCACUUGAUUGGAAUGCUGACCAUGUUCAUACAAAUUUUAAGGGUCUUUAUCAACAUCUUCGAAGUUUUGGAUAUUAUGUAGAAGUUUUGGGAGAACCUUAUACUUGCUUUAAUGCAACAAAUUAUGGUGUAUUAUUAGUUGUAGAUCCCGAAGAAGAGUUUUUUAAGGAAGAAAUAGUUAAAAUCCAAAGUGAUGUGGCUAAUUAUAAUCUAUCUAUUAUCAUUUUUGCUGAUUGGUAUAAUGUUUCUGUUAUGAAAAAAAUAAAAUUUUUUGAUGAGAACACAAAACAAUGGUGGAUGCCUGUUACUGGUGGUGCAAAUAUACCAGCACUUAAUGAUUUGUUAGCCCCAUUCAAUAUUUCAUUUGGAUCAAAUGUUUAUAAUGGAGAAUUUUACAUGGGUGAUCGGAAAGUACAUUAUUCUUCUGGUACUCAUUUGGUUUCUUUUCCUAGUACAGGUGUUGUUAUAGCGAAAACAUUAAAAAAUCAAGGUGAAGAAAUUUUGGAAGGUGACAUAACUAGACAAGAAAUGAAAGUUCCAAUAUUAGGUUUCUAUAAAACAACAGGUCAUAUAGUUGUCUAUGGUGAUUCAAAUUGUCUUGAUAAUAGUCAUUUGGAAAUAGAUUGUUAUUGGAUGUUGGAUGCUAUCAUGGAAUAUAUCACUACUGAUAAAUUAGCACAAGUUUUUUUAGAAGAUAACUAUAAAAUAAAUAACAAUAAGUCAUUACAUUUUAUACCUGAACGAUACAAAAAAAGUGAUCUACACAAGCAUUCUAAAGUAAUUAAUAAAACUGAUUCAGAAAUUAUUUAUCUACCUCUUCCUUCUUGUAUUGUAUUAAAACCAUCAAAAACAUUACCAUUAAAUCAAUCAGCAACAAGUAAUGAUUACAAACAACAAAAAUUAAAAUCUACUAUUACUAAUGAAGCAGAGAAUGAUGCAGAUUGGUUGAAAUCACUUAUUUUGAAUUCUCAAAAUGUGUCUGAGGACGUAGUAUAUUUCAAUGAAUUUUUUAAAGGAUUAUUUUUACCAUUAGUUUUUUUAGGUUUAGUUUUGUCAGUUGUAGCCAUUUUUGUUAUAUGGAAAUAUUACUGUUGGCGAGCUAAAGCUAAGCAAGGUUUAAUAGCUCUUGGCAAAAAGAAAACUGUUGGAAGUAUAAAAAAGAGUUUUAUGUAUGUCCUUAAACAAAAUAGUAGAUUACAAUCUGCUAGUGGAUAUAAUUUGUGACAAUAUAGAUAAUAUUUGAUAAUUAUAUUUUAUUUUUUA